GCCCUGCAGGGUGCUCUGUGCCGCUGCCCUGCCUGGGAACAGCCGGGUCAGCGUCAGGGCUCCCUCCUAUUGGCUGGGCACCCUGGGGGAGCCCUGUCCCCCGGGCACAGGGCCGCCAGCACACAGCUCCCCAGCCCGAGAGCCGCGCCUGCCCCUCGCCUGGUCCCGCUCUCGCUGCCCGGUGCCAGCAGAGGCCAUGGCCGGAGGACGGGGCAUCCCGCUGGCGCUGCUGGCUGUGCUGACCCUGCAGGGCGCGGGGGCUGUGAAAGUGGGGAACGUGAUGAUCCAGGCUGAAUUCAACCAGCGGGAUGAGAGGGUGAAGCAGGAGAGCGACCAGUUCGUAUUUGACUUUGAUGGGGACGAGAUGUUCCACGUGGACCUGCAGAAGAAAGAGACCAUCUGGCACCUGCCCGAGCUGGGGACCUUCACUGGCUUCGAGGUGCAGGGAGCGCUGCAGAACUUGGCUACGGGCAAACACAACUUGGAGUUCGCCAUACAAAAUUUCAACCACUCACAGGCAACCAUCGCGCCACCUGAGGUGAUGGUAUUCCCCAAACGUCGAGUGGAGCUGGAGGACCCCAACCUCCUGAUCUGCUACGUGGACAAGUUCUGGCCACCCGUGAUCUCCAUCACGUGGCUGAAGAACGGGCAGGAGGUGAAGGACGGCGUCGUUGAGUCCGUGUUCUACCGAGGGCAGGACCAGACCUUCCGCAAGUUCUCCUACCUGCCCUUCGUCCCCAUCCGGGGGGAUUUCUACGACUGCCGCGUGCAGCAUGAGGGGCUGCCCGCCGCCCUCCUGAAGCACUGGGAGCCUCGGGUGUCCCUCCCCGCUUCCGAGAGCACCGAGACCCUGGUGUGCGCCCUGGGCCUGGCCGUGGGCAUCGUCGGCAUCAUCGUGGGCACCAUCCUCAUCAUCAAGGCCAUGAAGAUGAACAGCGCCCGCAACCAGCGGGGCCUCUUGUGAGGGGGCAGAGCUCAGGCUGCCCUCACAGACCUCCCCCCCCAGCCCUCACCGUCACAUCCCAGCUCCGUCCCCAUGGCCAAGCCCCGUGUCCCGCCAUGACAACCUGCUCCAUGACUGGUGGCUCAAUCACAAGCUGCAACCCCUACCCCCCCAUGCCCCACCUCCCAGCCCUGCACCGCACAUCCCUGCCCCGAGCCCCACUCCCAGCCCCACUCCAUCCCACAGGUGCCAUCUUGCCUGGCCCCAUGGGCACCCCACUGUCCGGGGCUCUGGGGUGCUUCCGAGCAGCAGUAAAG